GAUCCAUAAAUAUAUCUAGGCCCGAUGGGCUUUCAAGUAGUAAGCACUGAACAAUCGAAAUUGUUCUAAUAAAACCCUAUGGGAAUUGGAACUUGUACUUAAUAAUAAAAUAUGAAACUGAAAAGUGAAAAGAAAAAGAAAAAGGUCACGAAAAUCCACGCAGGACUGUCAGAAUUAAAGAGCUCCCAUAUCCAGAGUCCAAAGCAACUUAACAAAACAAAAAAUCAAUUUAAUCGACAAUACAAUAAAAUCUGGUUCCCAAUUCCAUUUUGGAACGAAAAUAAAUAUGCGCAAAUUUCACCUUCAAGAUCAAAACCCUAACUAACCUGAACUCUGAAAGACCUUGUACUAAUAUCAGUACUCCACUUUUCUUAGAUAAAGUAUAUUCUGCAAAUGGAACAAAUGUAAUUUAACAAAGACUUGCAGCUAAUGGAGACAAAUUGAAACGAGGGUUUUAUUUUCUUCUUCACAAUAAAAUUAUUAUUUGAUGAAGAGGAGGAACCUUUGAUCAUUAUAGAGAAGAGUAAAUGAAGGAGUUGAUAGGGAGUCCAGGGACGGUGAGUGGACUAGUACUGAGAAUAGGCCAAUGUGCACUUGCUGCUGCUUCUAUUUCAAUUAUGGCCUCUGCUCGUGGCUUCUCUAGCUACACUGCUUUCUGCUAUUUAAUUGCAUCAAUGGGCCUUCAAGUUCUGUGGAGCUUUGGACUUGCUUGUCUUGAUGUUUACGCUUUGAGGAGAAAGAGAGACCUUCAAAACCCUGUCCUUGUGAGCCUGUUUGUUGUAGGCGAUUGGGUGACAUCCAUGUUAUCACUAGCAGCUGCAUGCUCGUCAGCAGGUGUCGUUGUUCUGUAUGCGAGAGACUUGAACUUUUGCAAGUUGGAAUCAGAUCUUCCAUGUAAUAAGUAUGAGAUUUCCAUACUUCUUGCUUUUCUUACUUGGCUUCUUAUUGGCAUAUCCUCCCAUGUGAUGUUCUGGAUCCUAGCUUCUAUUUAGGAGACUCAUGUAUCCUUGCUCCAAAGUUAGUGAAUACACAAAUGAAAGUGUCUUCCGGUUCACAUGUAAAUCUUAUUUCCUUCUUCUUGAAGUUUUAAUUAAGCAAUUUCGAGGUUUGUUUUCUA